AUGGAGUUUGUCAAGUGCUUGGGGCACCCGGAGGAGUUUUACAACCUGCUGCGCUUCCGAAUGGGGGCCCUGUAUAAGGUGAUGCCCAAGAUGGACCAGGACUCGCUCAGCAGCAGCUUGAAAACUUGUUACAAGUACCUGCGCCAGACCAGUCGCAGUUUUGCAGCUGUUAUCCAGGCGCUGGAUGAAGAAAUGCGCCAUGCAGUAUGCAUAUUUUAUCUGGUUCUCCGAGCCCUGGACACUUUGGAAGAUGACAUGACCAUCAGUAUAGAAAAAAAAAUCCCACUGUUGCACAACUUUCACUCAUAUCUUUAUGAACCUGACUGGCGGUUCACGGAGAGCAAGGAGAAGGAUCGACAAGUGCUGGAGGACUUCCCAACGAUCUCCCUCGAGUUUAGAAAUCUGGCUGUGAAAUAUCAAACAGUGAUUGUCGACAUUUGCCGGAAAAUGGGAUUUGGGAUGGCAGAGUUUUUGAAUAAGGACGUGACCUCUGAAGAGGAGUGGGACAAGUACUGUCACUAUGUUGCCGGGCUGGUGGGAAUUGGCCUUUCUCGUCUGUUCUCGGCCUCAGAAUUAGAAGACCCCUUAGUUGGUGAAGACACAGCGUGUGCCAACUCCAUGGGCCUGUUUCUGCAGAAAACAAACAUCAUUCGUGAUUAUCUAGAAGAUCAGAAAGAAGGAAGAGAGUUCUGGCCUCAAGAGGUUUGGAGCAAGUAUGUUAAGAAGUUGGGUGAUUUUGCUAAGCCGGAGAAUAUUGAUGUGGCCGUACAAUGUCUAAAUGAACUUAUAACCAAUGCUCUACACCACAUUCCAGAUGUCAUCACCUAUCUUUCCAGACUUAGAAACCAAAGUGUGUUUAACUUUUGCGCUAUUCCUCAGGUAAUGGCCAUUGCUACUUUGGCUGCCUGUUAUAAUAAUCAGCAGGUGUUCAAAGGGGUAGUGAAGAUUCGAAAAGGACAAGCAGUAACCUUGAUGAUGGAUGCCACCAACAUGCCAGCUGUCAAAGCUAUAAUAUACCAAUACAUGGAAGAGAUCUAUCACAGAAUUCCCAGCUCGGAUUCAUCUUCCAGUAAGACAAGACAGAUCAUCUCCACCAUCAGAACACAGAAUCUUCCCAGCUGUCAGCUGACCUCCCGAAGCCACUACUCCCCCUUCUACCUGUCGUUUCUCAUGCUCUUGGCUGCCCUGAGCUGGCAGUACAUGAGUGCCCUGUCUCAGGGCACAGAAGACUACGUUCAGACCGGAGAACACUGA